AUGAAAUUGAACUUGCCCCUGUUUCUGAGGGAUACCAGUAAUCCUUUUGGUUACUUCUGUGUCAACAUUGAGGAGUUUUUUAUGGACAGUACGAGGCUUGUGCGAAAAUGUACCAAACCCAACAAAAAAGAAUACCAGGCCAUAAUGUAUGCAUGCUCACUGGGUUUUCUUACCAUGGGUUUCAUCGGCUAUUUUGUCAAACUCUUUUUCAUCCCUGUUAGUAAUAUUCUAGUUGGUAUGGGUUAA